AUGCCGGGCUCCGGAGCGGCCGCGCUGGCCUGGGCGCUGCUGGCCGGGGCACUGCUGCUGCUGCCCCCGCCGCCCGUCCUGCCCCAGCCCCACCAGCGGAACGUGAGCGAGACGGAAGCCCAGUUCAACACCACCUACACCGACUGGGUGGACGCCGACCUGCUCCAUAUCUACGCCUUCAACCACAGCGUGCGCAGGAACACGACCGAGGGCGUGCGGGUGUCGGUGAACGUCCUCUCCGACCACAAGGACCUACCCGUGCUCUUCGUGGUGAGGCAGAAGGAGGCGGUGGUCUCCUUCCAGGUGCCGCUCAUCCUCCGGGGCCUGUACCAGCGGAAAUACGCGUACCAGGAGGUGAGCCGCACGCUCUGCCAGCCACAGACCAAAACAGAGGUGGAGACCCAGCACUUCUACGUGGAUGUCUCCACACUCUCCCUCAACGCCUCCUACCAGCUGCGGGUCACCCGCGUGGAGAACUUCGUGCUGCGGACAAAUAAAAGGUUCAGCUUCAACGCCACGGCCUCCCAGCCGCAGUACUUCAAGUAUGAGUUCCCUGAGGGAGUGGACUCGGUGAUCGUGAAGGUGACCUCGGCCAUGGCCUUCCCCUGCUCUGUCAUCUCCAUCCAGGACAUCCUGUGCCCUGUCUACGACCUGGACAACAACGUGGCCUUCAUCGGGAUGUACCAGACCAUGACGAAGAAGGCGGCCAUCACGGUGCAGAAGAAGGAUUUCCCCAGCCACAGCUUCUACGUGGUGGUGGUGGUGAAGACAGAGGACGAGGCAUGUGGGGGGCCUCUGCCCUACUACCCCCUCUCCAAAAACGCCUCUCCAGAUGAACCUGUGGAUCAGCACAACCGGCAGAAGAUGCUGGAGGUGAUGGUGUCACCUGCCAUAACCUCGGAGGCCUAUGUGAGCAGUGUGCUCUUCUGCCUCAGCAUCUUCCUCUCCUUCUACGUCCUCACGCUGCUCAUCGCCUGCUGGGAGAGCUGCCGGCAGCACAAGAGGAAGGGGCUCCUGUCAGCCAUGGACUCGCCCAGCCUGGACACAGCAUCGCUCCUGGGUCACUCCCGCAGCAUCCCCGACUCCUUCCUGGGCCGUGGUUACGACAGCUACGGUUACGGCUCCUUCGGGAACGGCUCCUCCAGCAGCACCGAGGGUGUCACAGACAGCCUGGGCUCCACAGAAGUCUCCUACAGUUACGUGGGGCAGGAGCAGUUCAAGCGGCGCACACCCUCCGCCCUGACGAGGCCGCUGAGCAUUCCCAUGGGGGAGCGAUCCCUGGAGAACGUGGCCGGCCGGCCCCGCCUGGACUCGCUCAGCUCCGUCGAGGAGGAUGACUACGACACCCUGGCUGACAUUGACUAUGACAAGAACGUCAUCCGCACCAAGAAAUACCUGUGUGUGGCCGACCUGGCACGCAAGGACAAGCGGGUGCUGCGGAAGAAGUACCAGAUCUACUUCUGGAACAUCGCCACCAUCGCUGUCUUCUACGCCCUGCCUGUCAUCCAGCUUGUCAUCACCUACCAGACAGUGGUGAAUGUCACUGGCAACCAGGACAUCUGUUACUACAACUUCCUGUGUGCCCACCCGCUGGGGAACCUCAGCGCCUUCAACAACAUCCUCAGCAACCUGGGCUACAUCCUGCUGGGUUUGCUCUUCCUGCUCAUCAUCCUGCAGCGCGAGAUCAACUACAACCGGGCGCUCAUGCGCAACGACACCCACGCCCUGGAGUGCGGCAUCCCCAAGCACUUCGGGCUCUUCUACGCCAUGGGCACCGCGCUCAUGAUGGAGGGGCUGCUCAGCGCCUGCUACCACGUCUGCCCCAACUACACCAACUUCCAGUUCGACACCUCCUUCAUGUACAUGAUCGCGGGGCUCUGCAUGCUGAAACUCUACCAGAAGCGCCACCCAGACAUCAACGCCAGCGCCUACAGCGCCUACGCCUGCCUGGCCCUCGUCAUCUUCUUCUCCGUGGUCGGCGUGGUCUUUGGGAAGGGGAACACGGCCUUCUGGAUCGUCUUCUCCGUCAUCCACAUCUUGGCCACGCUGCUGCUGAGCACCCAGCUCUACUACAUGGGGCGCUGGAAGCUGGACUCGGGCAUCCUGCGCAGGAUCCUGCACGUGCUGUACACGGACUGCGUCCGGCAGUGCAGCGGGCCCAUGUACGUGGACCGAAUGGUGCUCCUGGUCAUGGGAAACAUCAUCAACUGGUCGCUCGCUGCCUACGGCCUCAUUGUCCGCCCCAAUGACUUCGCUUCCUACCUGCUGGCCAUUGGCAUCUGCAACCUCCUCCUCUACUUCGCCUUCUACAUCAUCAUGAAGCUCCGCAGUGGCGAGCGCAUCAAGCUCAUCCCCCUGCUCUGCAUCAUCAGCACCUCUGUGGUCUGGGGCUUUGCCCUCUUCUUCUUCUUCCAGGGGCUCAGCACCUGGCAGAAAACGCCAGCGGAAUCUCGGGAGCACAACCGUGACUGCAUCCUGCUCGACUUCUUUGACGACCACGACAUCUGGCACUUUCUCUCCUCCAUCGCCAUGUUCGGCUCCUUCUUGGUGCUGCUGACACUGGACGAUGACCUGGACUGCAUCCAGCGGGACAAGAUCUACGUCUUCUAGGAGCCCGCAGCCUCACGCUGCCCUGGGACUGUGCCAAACACCCCGCUGCAGCCCCGGGAGGGGGCACCCACCCCCGGGGAGGGAUGUCCGUGCUGCAGGUCCUGCCAGCCGCUCCGUCCCCCUCCCCACGCAGCCUGGGGGUCCCGGUGCACCUCCUCCCUGUCAGCCAGGUCCUUCCAGGCACUACGUGCCCGUCCCUGGGCCUGUUGUGGCCAAACACAGGGCUGGGGGGCUACCGGGGCACCAUCCUCGGUGGCAAGUGACACUGGAAAAGGUGCUGCUGCUCCGUGUCCGUGUGCCCGUGGGCGUGGCGAGGGGAUUGUGGCGAGUGCCGUGCCAGCAGCCCCGCGGCCCCCCGAGCUCGUGGGUGUGGGUUUCUCUUCAGUGCCUGAGUCGUAUGGGUGGGAGGUGGGGGUGUGUGGGGCCAGCACGGUGGUGGCAGUGGCCAGAGAGGCCCCACUCGCGUCUCCUGCAGUGUCCCGGGGGGGUGGCUGUGGCGGGCCCCCGUUGCCGCUCCCACCGAGGUGCCGCGCGCUGUCCGCGCGUGGAUCUGCUGGGAAGGGACUCGCAUUAAAGUGUCUGCACUUUG